CCUGUGGUACAUGAAUGGUUAUCUGGUUAUCUCUUCAUAAUUUUUGUUGAGAUGAUUAUCAUUGUUUGAUUUGGUAAUUUUGUACUAUAACUUAUGGAAGAUAUUAGUGUAACCUACCAUCAAUAAUCUGUAAUAUUGUCAUGUUUCUGUAGUGUACGCUUUCCUAAACCUUAGGAAGAUCUUAAUGUGAAACCUUUUUUCUGUUUCGAGGAUCUUUCCACAAUUCUAAAAGCCUUGAUGUUAGGUUGAUAGCCUCUGAGAAAAUAGCAUUAUUGACAAAUCAAAGCGUUCGAACCUGCUUAUUUGGAGAAAGAUUGGUAUCUUAUAACCCACUUCAGUGAAUUCCAAUUGGCUACAAUUGGCACUUUCAUAAUGCAUGAAAGUGUCUUUUUCCUGUCUGGGCUUGUAUCUAUAUUCUUCGAGAGGGCAGGCCUUUUCAGCAAGUACAAGAUUCAGAAAAAAUUGAAUACCCCAGAGGCAGAGGGAAGAUGUAUUUUGCACCUAAUCCUGUAUCAUGUUGGUGUGAACUUUCCUGUUAUUAUGUUCUCCUAUCCUGCUUUCAAAUACAUGGGCCUGAAAAGCAGUCUUCCAUUGCCACCCUGGACCGCUGUUGUAUCUCAAAUAAUAUUCUAUUUCAUCUUGGAGGAUUUUGUCUUCUAUUGGGGUCAUAGAUUGCUACAUACAAAAUGGCUGUACAAGCAUAUCCACAGUGUUCAUCAUGAGUAUGCCACUCCUUUCGGAUUGACUUCAGAGUAUGCCCAUCCUGCUGAGAUAUUAUUUCUUGGUUUUGCCACUAUUAUUGGUCCUGCCCUUACUGGCCCUCAUCUAUCAACUCUGUGGUUAUGGGUGAUAUUGAGAGUGCUCGAGACAGUUGAGGCUCAUUGUGGAUACCACUUCCCAUGGAGCCCUUCGAAUUUCGUGCCACUGUAUGGAGGUGCUGACUUUCAUGACUACCAUCACCGGGUGCUGUACACGAAGUCUGGGAAUUACUCAUCCACUUUCAUCUACAUGGACUGGCUAUUCGGCACGGAUAAAGGCUAUCGAAGGCUGAAGGCACUUGAGGAACAAGAAGGCAAACAAAGUUAAGUAGUUGGAUAUAUUCUUUCUAGCGCUCCAAACCUGUAUAAUAACAUUUGUGUAUGUUGCGCCCGCCCUUAAUUUUUUUGGUCCCUCUCUCUCUCUCUCUCUCUCUCUGUUAAUUGAAUGAGUCCCCCCUGCUCUAAUGCGGUGUUGAAGUUUUUACAAAGGAUUGAUGUAAAUACUCCUGGCGUGCUCUCUCUCUCUCUCUGUUAAUUGAAUGAGUCCCCCUUGUUCUAA